AUGGAGGAACAAAACUCAAGAAUCUGCGUGGAUUUGAGUUCAUCAUCGAGCACAUACAUUAGCCCAAGUUCGAGCAUGAUUUCUCCAAAAUCGAAUGAUCCACUUGAAAAUCUGCUAAACCUUAAUGAUUUUGAAAUACAAAUAAUUUUAGAUUAUAUCAGUCACGAAACUCAUACCAUCGAAACACAUCCAAACAACGAGGUAAAGGAGUUGGCUGGAAUUCCAAUCAUUUUCAACGAAACCACCCAACCUGAGUCUUCUCCAUCAUCCGCCGUUACUUAUAGCAGCAGGGAUUUCUCACCCGGUGGCGGAAUGAUUUCCGACAACAAAGCUCCGGCAAAGGUAAACGAGGGUUUGUCUGAUGUCAUCCAUAAUCAACGACAACCAUCAAUGGUGGGGUACAGAGGAGUAAGACGACGGUCAUGGGGGAAAUUCGCGGCUGAGAUGCGGAAUCCAAAGACAGGCGUGAGGAUGUGUUUAGGGACUUACAAGACGGCUGAGGAAGCUGCCAUGGCGUAUGAUCGAGAAGCAUUUAAGCUCCGUGGACGUCGCGCAGUAUCAAUUACAGUCACCGGCAGCUCUCUGAUGCCUCACCGGAGAAGACGAUACCAGCAGAAGAAACAACGCCGACUACAUUUUCCGGGCCUAUCUACCCUUUUCGUCCCUAUCCUUUUCUGCUUCAUCGGCUGCGAAUCAACUGACCGCCGUUAUCUUACUUCCACAUCUUCUCUACUCCGAUCGGUGACUUCCAACGAAACAUCAUCGUCUCAGUUUGCUCCAUAUCUUCUCUACUCCGAUCGGUGGCUUCCAACGAAACAUCGUCGUCUCAGACUGGUUUUGCUCCAUCUAACUUUCACCACCUCUCUCUUCUCCCUGCUUCGCACCCUCCGUCGCGUUAUCUUCCCUCCCGCUCCAAUGUCUUUACUGACGCUCACCCCCGCCACUUCGCCACCGUCUCCAUCGAGCCAACUCGGAGACUGCUCCACAGUUAUCAACGUUGGCUUCCAGAUUCCUCCAAACCAUUCUCUUAUCAAUUUCCCUUUCUGGAUUCCGAUAAACCGAAGAGGUAGACGCCUAUUACUCAUCUUCACACUCACCGCUUCCAACUCCUACACAGCACCGAUGUCUUCACGCAUUCGAGCCCUAGAUAGGACCAACGUCUACAAUCGAUUUUGUCUAUCGCCUUUGACUUCCCAUCGAUCCGCAACCAGCGAUUUAGGGAUUAUUGCUCCAGGAGUGAUUGCUACUGGUAUUGGUCUUCUUCUUCAGGAGGUGGAUCCCACUGUGGAGGCCGAAGAAAUCGAUAUUUUAGAUGGAAUGGAAGGAGGGUUUCCUAUAUGAUAUAGCAAAUUCAGUUCUUGGAAUUGAUGAGGCUAUGAGUUUUGCUGAGAUGCUAAAGUGAGUAUUGCUUUAAUACCUUAAUAUUUAUAAAUUCAGAAAGAUGAU